UCCACAAAGGCGUAGAUUCUAGGGGAUGGAUUGAUUCCAGAAAAGUAUAAGAAUGUCUGAGGAGUCCGUCGAUAUCCUACUCUUUCAUUCAUCACUCAUCAAUUUGAUAACCCAAUCACCUCACACUUGAGGCAGCACAACUCAAAAUUUAUCCAUUAGCUUUCAAAUCAUCAGUAGCCCAACAUGAAGUACCAAGCAGUCUUGAUGUUGUCAAGCCUGAGCGCUUCGCUCGCCGCCCCUACACAAGAAAAGAGAACCCCUAUUCCUUGGACGAAGAACUACGGUGACUACGAAGAGGGAGAUUCCAAGAGAACCCCUAUCCCGUGGACCAAGAACUACGGCGACUACGAGGAAGCCUCCAAGCGAACUCCCAUCCCGUGGACCAAGAACUACGGUGAUUACGAAGAGGCUUCUAAGAGAACCCCAAUCCCGUGGACCAAGAACUACGGCGAUUACGAGGAGAGAACCCCUAUCCCGUGGACUAAGAACUACGGCGACUACGAGGGAGCUUCUAAGCGAACUCCCAUCCCAUGGACCAAGAACUACGGUGACUACGAGGAGGUUUCCAAGAGAACCCCAAUUCCUUGGACCAAGAACUAUGGCGAUUAUGAAGAGGCUUCUAAGCGAACCCCUAUCCCAUGGACUAAGAACUACGGCGAUUACGAGGAGAGAACCCCCAUCCCGUGGACCAAGAACUACGGUGACUACGAGGAGAGAACCCCCAUCCCAUGGACCAAGAACUAUGGCGAUUAUGAAGAGGGAGUUUCCAAGCGAACCCCUAUCCCAUGGACUAAGAACUACGGUGACUACGAGGAGAGAACCCCUAUCCCUUGGACCAAGAACUACGGUGACUAUGAGGAGGAGGCUUCUAAGCGAACUCCCAUUCCCUGGACCAAGAACUACGGUGAUUACGAGGAGGCCGAGUCUAAGCGAACACCCAUUCCUUGGACCAAGAACUACGGCGACUACGAGAACACUACCGAGGAGGCUGCGGUUGAGAAGCGCGUUCCCACCAAGGAUGGCGCUGAGUUCUCUGCCUAGAUCAGAG